GCCCUCUACGUACGUAUGUUGGUACGCCGUAGAGAUUUUCCCCGGGAAUUUUACAAUACCAGCGCGCGGACCUCGAAGUUGAGUAUCAUUAAUUUAGGCCUACAACUUCUUACAGAAAUGGAUGCUUUUCUUAAAGGAGGGAGCUUUAAAUCCAAGGCUGCAACUACUUCCACUGGAGGGUCCACCAAACAAAGACAAGUGCCAUGGGUUGAAAAAUAUCGGCCGAAGACAGUUGAUGAAGUGGCUUAUCAAGAUGAGGUUGUUGCUGUUCUUAAAAAAUCCUUACAAGGAGCAGAUCUACCUAACAUGUUGUUGCCCUAUGGGCCUCCUGGUACAGGCAAAACAUCCACCAUCCUAGCUGCAUCAAGAGAGCUCUUUGGACAUGACAUGUAUCGAAGCCGUGUUCUAGAACUGAAUGCCUCAGAUGAGCGAGGAAUCCAGGUGGUACGAGACAAGGUCAAGAAAUUUGCUCAGACCGCUGCAGGUGGAGUCAGACCAGAUGGGAAACCAUGCCCUCCUUUCAAGAUCAUCAUAUUAGAUGAAGCUGAUUCAAUGACCAAUGACGCUCAGGCUGCCCUUAGGAGAACAAUGGAGAAGCAAUCCAAGAAUACAAAGUUUUGUCUCAUCUGUAAUUAUAUCAGCAGGAUUAUAGAGCCGCUGACGUCUCGUUGCUCCAAGUUUCGGUUUAAGCCUCUCAGUAAACCCAUACAGGGGAAGAAACUGAGGGAAAUUUGUCAAGCUGAGAACAUCACAUGCAGUGACGAGGCUCUGGAAGCCAUUUUGAAAUUAUCGGAAGGAGACAUGAGGAAAUCCAUCACCUUCCUUCAGAGCGUUCAUCGUCUUCAACGAGAGGAUGGCAUCCUGGUUGAUGAUAUCUAUGAGAUCGCUGGGGUUAUACCAGAUAGGAUCAUAGAUAAUCUCAUUCAGGCCUGCUAUGGUGGAUCCUAUGAGAAGCUGGAUGAGAAGGUCCAACAGCUGCUCCAAGAUGGCUACUCAGCAUCUCAGGUUGUCAACCAGGUAUUUGAUGUCAUAGUGGAAAGAGGAGAGCUGACUGAUAAACAGAAGUCGGCCAUCGCUGAGCGGCUUGCCGUCAUCGACAAGCGACUGUGCGAUGGAGCAGACGAAGGCUUGCAAAUCAUGGAUCUGUUCACACUGACCAUGGAUCAAUUCUGCACUGUGCAGAACUAGGCCAUAAAGCAAGCUGUAUGUGAACACAGCCACUUUCAGGACAUUGUUUAUGGAUGAUGUGCAUCAUCUAUGUGAGGUGGUUCUACAUCAUUUGGCCGAUACUGAUGUUAUCUAGAUUGUGCAAACUGAAAUUCAGCGGAGAGGACAUGUACCGACAAGUAUUCUAGAAUCAGGCCUAAAAUUUUGAUAUUUUGGGGGCAAGGCCACUUUUCAGAAUGGCUUAUUGCUGUAUUACUGCACAAAUCGUCGCACGCACCACGAACCGUCCUCUCUGCGCACUUCGUACGAAAGUU